UCCUCCUCCGCCGCCGCAGCCAUGCCCGCGCCGGCCGCGGCGGACCCGGCGGCGCUCCCCGCCGCCUUCCUCUCCUUCCCGUCCCCGCUUCUCCCCACAUCCUCCGCGCCCCUCCCGGCGUCCCCCGCGGCGGCCCCCUCCAGCGCCUUCUGCCUCCCCGCCCGCGGCACGCGCGGCCACCCCCGCGCCGUCUCCGCCUCGGCCUAUGGCCCCGGCUACACGGCGGCGUCGCGGCUCCACCGGAUGUGGGCCGAGUUCGCCCGCUUCGUGCGCCUGCACGGGAACCAAAUCGCGCCGCUCGGGUUCGCGUCCCUCGGGCUGGGUGUCGGCGGAGGCGGCGAAGGGGGGAACGGGGAAGGUGCCGCUGGUGGUGGGGGCGGGGGUGGGGGUGGGGGUGGGGAGGUGGAUGGGUUGGUUGAGGAGGAAGGGGCGGUGCGGGCCGAGGCGCCGAAGAAGGUUCUGAUCCUGAUGAGCGACACGGGCGGUGGGCACCGCGCGUCCGCUGAGGCCAUCAAGGCGGCAUUCAUCCAGGAGUUCGGCGACGACUACCAGGUAUUCGUCACUGAUUUAUGGACCGACCAUACUCCAUGGCCAUUCAACCAAUUGCCCAGGAGCUACAGUUUCUUGGUGAAACAUGGGCCCUUGUGGAAGAUGACAUACUAUGGUACUGCACCAAGAGUAGUUCAUCAGCCACAUUUUGCCGCAACAUCAACAUUCAUAGCAAGAGAGGUUGCAAAAGGUCUCAUGAAAUACCAACCAGAUGUAAUUAUCAGUGUCCAUCCUUUAAUGCAACAUGUCCCACUCCGAAUUCUGAGGUCAAAAGGUUUAUUGGAUAAGAUUCCGUUCACAACAGUUGUCACAGAUCUGAGUACUUGUCACCCAACAUGGUUUCACAAGCUUGUGACUAGAUGUUACUGUCCAUCAGCUGAGGUGGCAAAGAGAGCACUAAAAGCCGGACUGCAACCUUCACAAAUUAAAGUGUAUGGCCUCCCUGUGCGUCCAUCUUUUGUCAAACCUAUUCGACCAAAGGAUGAACUGCGAAGGGAGUUAGGUAUGGAUGAAUAUUUGCCUGCUGUUCUACUGAUGGGUGGGGGUGAAGGGAUGGGUCCUAUUGAAGCCACUGCUAGAGCACUUGGUGAUGCUCUAUAUGAUGAAAUCCUUGGGGAACCCAUUGGUCAAAUACUUGUGAUUUGUGGCCGUAAUAAGAAGCUGACCAAUCGAUUGCAGUCAAUCAAUUGGAAAGUUCCAGUUCAGGUGAAGGGUUUUGUUACAAAGAUGGAAGAAUCUAUGGGUGCUUGUGACUGUAUAAUUACAAAGGCAGGGCCUGGUACAAUUGCAGAGGCAAUGAUUCGUGGCCUACCCAUUAUUUUAAAUGGUUAUAUUGCUGGUCAGGAAGCUGGCAAUGUUCCAUAUGUUGUUGAAAAUGGAUGCGGGAAGUUCUCAAAAUCUCCAGAACAGAUUGCAAAGAUCGUUGCUGAUUGGUUUGGACCUAGGUCAGAUGAGCUCAAAAUGAUGUCUCAAAAUGCCUUGAAACUAGCACGGCCAGAUGCCGUGUUUAAAAUUGUCCAUGAUCUGCACGAAUUAGUCAGGCAAAAAUGUUUUGUACCUCAAUAUGCAUGUGCAACAUAAGCUCAUAUAAUCCUUAGUAGUGAGUUUAGUUAAUUCUAUUCUUUUUGUGCGGCAUUAGCAACUAGUUAUCUGUGAGAAUUCAUAUAAUAUCAAUUGAUUUGGAAAUUCUCUAUGAUAGAAAAAAAAGUAUCAUCCAAUUUGGUUUUCCUCAAUAUUUUGCUUGUACAUGACUAUUGGGACUAGUCAGUUUGGGUACUGUUAAAACCAUCCAAUUUCCAUGGGAAAC